GGUCACAUGAUUUUGUCUGUGCCCAUGACAACUUUUGUCUGCGCCAAUCGCAAGACUCAAAAUAAUUAUUCCCAACUGCGAUAUCCCACCAUCAACCUUCUAUCCAUCCGUUCCUCGCAACACCCAGCGGCCUCCCACAACCCCAAUCGCUCCCGUCAAUGUAGCACUAACUUCCAUAUCUAUUCUGCUCUCCUCCAGCGGCCAUCGCCAGCCCGUGACGUGCAAUCUCCCCUCCCGCAGCGGCUGCGCACUGCCGCUUGAGUCACCCCUCCAUCCCGCCCGCCCAUCAGCGACCUCCAUCGCAUCACCACCAUCGCGGCCAUGCCGACCCCCGCCCCCCCAGCAGAGGGCGAUGCCGCCACCGCCAAGCUGUCCGUCUGGAAGGAGGCCUUGUAUGACCGCUGCCGCGAGUCCGGCGUCGACAUGUUCUCCCAGGAUGACCUGCUCCGCCUCGACGUCAUCCCAAACCGCGACCUGAUGCUGCUCGCCCGCGUCGUCCAGUCCCUCAGCGAUGACAAGCUCUUCAUUACCAUGCGCGAGGCCUCGGGUCAGGUCUUGUGGAAGUGGCGCGACGCCACGGAGGCGCACAAGUAUAAGCAGUGCUCGACCGACGAACAGAUCAUGGUCUACUCCCUUAUCGACGACUCGGGCGGUGAUGGAAUCUGGUCCCAAACCCUCCAGAGGCGGUUGAACAUGCACGACUCGGUCCUCAAGAAUGCUCUUAAGCAGCUUCAGACCAAGGGCCUCAUCGCCCCGUUCAAGAAUGUCGAGCACCCCAACAAGAAGAUGUACAUCAAGGCCUCCAUCCGUCCUAGUGACCGCGCCACCGGAGGACCUUGGUAUACGGACCAGAACCUCGAUGAGGCCUUCAUUGAGGACCUGCAGCGCGUCGUCUUCGACUUCAUCAAGCGCCAGAGCAGCUACCACUCCACCCACGGAGGGGGCGCCACCCGGUCCCAGGUACCCAAGAAGGGCAUUGUCAAGGGUACAGUGGAUAAGGGCAAGAAACGAGACGCCGGUCAACUGGAUGAACCCCCCUCCAAGGCCAUCAAGACCUCUGUGACUGCGACCCCGAAGAAGGACGCCCUCCUGCCCCUCCCUGCAGGCUACACAGGCUAUCCCACCGUCCGCGACAUCGCCCGUCUCUUGUCCACCAGCGGCAUCACCCACAACACUAUCCUUUCCGAAGUCGACGUCAAGAAGCUCAUUGACGUCCUUGUCUGGGACAACCUCAUCGAGCCAGUUAAGGUCGCCGGCAAGGUUGGUUACCGUGUCGCCCGGAUCGCAAAGCAGUCCAUCGAAAGCUGGGCUGGCCGCGAAGAUCCCACGGGGCGUGAAGGCGGCCCUGAGUCGCACAUGAGCUCCUUCACAGAGGCACCCUGUGGUCGGUGCCCGGUGUUUGACCUCUGCGAAGAAGGCGGACCCGUUGGUCCCAGUAACUGUGAGUACUUCAAGACAUGGCUGGGGGUUGAAUAAGACCCGUGAGCGUUAGUCUCCUUGCCUAUUGCGAACAUAACAUCAGGAAUUGGAUUCUCCGGCAUUGAGAGCCAAUGGAAGCGAACGAGUGUGGUCACCAAAUACCUGGCGGGGAACGGAGUUUUUGGAUCUGGUUUUCGUCUUUUCCGGAGAGCAUAGCAGCGGCGCAGGCAUAGAAAAAAAAUCAACAUGACCCCACGGAGUCACUCAGCGAGAUACCUAGGUAGGCAUAAAUGAAUAUACACUACCCAUCGCAACAUCA